AAUAACCACAUUACCUUCUCGGCAUUUGUAUUAGUCUUCGCGCGGCGACAUAUUACGGGGUACGCGCAUCGCGCAGUUAUUUGUUUUAUACAGCCGAUAGGAAGUAUGCUGUAUGGUAAAAUAGUUGUUAUCAAGCGGACUGGUGCAGAUGGGGCCCAAUUUCCCUUGACAACUUCAGUUUGUUUGUUUGGAAGAUCCAAUGAAUGUGACAUACGUAUUCAGCUACCAAAUGUAUCAAGAGAACAUUGUAAGGUCACAGUAGACGAUAAGGGACAAGUGUUCCUGAACAAUCUUAGCACAGUAAACCCAAUUAAAGUGAAUGACAAAAUUGUUCAUGGUGAUGUCAAGUUGAGAAACAGUGAUGUUUUUACCAUAAUUGACAGAUCAUUUCGCUUUGAAUUACCAGAAGGAUCUUCAGCCUCUCCCAAGAAAAUGAGUUCUCCAACUAAAGUUUCAACCCCAAAGGCAAAGCACCCAUCACCUGUCAAGUCUGCUAAUCCAAGAAAACCGUUAUCCCCAUCAAACCGAGAAUUAGAUCUUCAACCAGCUGUUGCACCUAAGUCUCCAAGUAAAAUUUCAAAAAAAUCUACUAUGCCUAACGCUAAGACACCAUCUGGAGCAGCAGCAACUGUGCCUGCUACACCAAAAGGAUCUGGUGAUGAUAGUCAACAUAAGAUUCUCACUCCUAAGAAUAAACCACCUCGAACACCUUCAUUGAAGACACCAACAGGUCAAAGCACCCCCAAAUCUAAACCAACUCAGGAUGCAAGAGGGAGGAGCACAACGCCAGCAAAAGCUAGAGUACAAUCCCCAUCUCCUGCUGCUAGAUCUGCUAAGGAACAUACUCCAAGAUCCACUACACCAAAAACAAUUGGAAAAACGCCCAAGUUGGCAACUCCUUCUAAAUCCCCUAAUUGUUCAAUCCCUAGGGCAAAAUCUGUGGAGAAGACUCCAAAGAGUACUAGCAAGUCUAUACCAACACCAAGAUCAGCAAGUACUAAAGCAACUCCUAAGGCUGUGACCCCAAAGGCAACACCCAGAGCUGUGACCUCGAAGGCAAGUCCUAAAACUGAUACUCCGAAGGCAACCCCUAGAGCUGCAAGUCCUAAAGCAGUCACUCCAAAGGCGAUGCCUAAAACUGUAACUCCAAAGGCAACUCCUAGAGCUGCAAGUCCUAAAGCAGUCACUCCAAAGGCAACGCCAAGAGCUGCAAGCCCUAAAGCAGUCACUCCAAAGGCAACGCCAAGAGCUGCAAGCCCUAAAGCAGUCACCCCAAAGGCAACACCAAGAGCUGCAAGCCCUAAAGCAGUCACUCCAAAGGCAAUGCCAAGAGCUGCAAGCCCUAAAGCAGUCGCUCCAAAGGCAACGCCAAGAGCUGCAAGCCCUAAAGCAGUCACUCCAAAGGCAACACCUAAAGCUGCAAGUCCGAAGGCAACACCAAGAGCUGCAAGCCCUAAUGCUGUAACUCCAAAAGCAACACCGAAAAGUGCAAGCCCUAAAACAGUCACUCCAAAGGCAACACCCAAAGCUGCAAGUCCGAAGGCACAACCAAGAGCUGCAAGCCCUAAUGCUGUAGCUCCAAAGUCAACACCCAGAGCUGCAAGUCCUAAAGCUGUUACACCUAGAGCAGCUAGUCCUAAGGCUGUUUCUCCCAAAGAAACACCAAGAGCAGCAUCUCCAAAAGCAGUGUCGUCAGCUAAAAAAGACAUUGCAGAUUCCAAGGAAUCAAAGAAGAUGACACCCUCAACAGGAGGAAGACGAAAGUCAACACCAGCAGGCAGUCCAUAUGUGCCAAAAGCUGUAUCCUUGAAGAAACAUUUAUCAGAACUGAGACGGCGAUCACAACCAGUUUUGGAAUCAACCAGUCCAAAGCGUUUAGGAUCACCAAAGACCCCUGAGAACAGGAAGAGAAAAUCUACUGAAUCUAUCGCACCAAGUUCUAAAAGGAAGAGAGUAUCGUUUGGUCCUCAGUUGAGUCCCGAACAUUUUGACAAGCAAUUGCCUCCCAUCACUCCUAUAAGAAAAGGAGCAACUCCAAGAAGAAGGUCAGAGCCUCUGAAAAGAACAUCACCUCAAUCACUAUUGAAACGAAAAUCUGUAGCACCGAAGACUACUCCAAUAAAAGAAGAAAGUCCUUCAAAGUCUCCUAAAGCAUCUGCAUCUUCUCCUAAGAAAGCCACACCAGCGAGAGCAAAGUCUCCAGCAGCAACACCAACCCCCGUCACACCUAAGGCAGCAACACCAGUAAGAGCAAAAACUCCAGUAACCACGCCAAAGGUUAUGACACCCAAGGCAGCAUCUCCAAAAGCUGCUACACCUAAGGCAGCAACACCAGUAAGAGCAAAAACUCCAGUAACCACGCCAAAGGUAAUGACACCCAAGGCAGCAUCUCCAAAAGCUGCUACACCUAAGGCAGCAACACCAGUAAGAGCAAAAUCUCCAGUAACCACGCCAAAGGUAAUGACACCCAAGGCAGCAACACCAGUAAGAGCAAAAUCUCCAGUAGCAACACCAACCCCUGUCACACCCAAGGCAGUAUCUCCAAAAGCUGCUACACCUAAGGCAGCAACACCAGUAAGAGCAAAAUCUUCGGUAACCUCACCAAAGGCUGCAACACCCCAGGCAGCUACACCAGCAACGGGCAAAUCACCCAAAGUCUCUAAACGAAAAUCUGAUGGAAGAGGAAUAGGCAAUGCAUCCUUCACUGGAAUAAAGCGUCUCUUAAAGACUCCAAAAGCAAAAGCUAAUGUGUCUGCAGACAUCAGCUUCACAGGCCUUCAGGAAAUGAUGAAGACACCCGAGGUGAUGACAAGUACGCCAAAACAGUCCAGUAACAAGAAACGACGAGCAAGCACUGGAACUGUAGGGUUGUCCACAAAGAAGCGACUUAUCACUCCAUCCAAGUCUGUAAAUCAACAGAAACUAGACAGGAGUUUCGAGGAAUUGAAAGCCAUGAUGCAGAGUCCGGUUAAACCUCAAACAGUUGAUGGCACCGAGUCGACCAAGACCAAGCCCAAUACUCCCAAGGCGGUUACUCCAAAAUCAGUCAAGAAGACGCCAAAGCCAAGUACUCCCAAAUCUGUCAAGAAAACUCCCAAAAAAGCCACUCCGAAAUCAGUUAAAAAGCUGCCAAAGCCAAGUACUCCCAAAUCUGUCAAGAAAACUCCUGGAAAAGCCACUCCCAAAUCUGUCAAAAAGACUCCAAAGCCAAGUACACCUAAAUCUGCCAAGACAACUCCUAAGAAAGGGAAGACGCCCAGAUCAGUAUUAAAGAAAUCACUCAAAAAAGGCACUCCAACUGCUUUGAAAAAUGCAGUGGCUUUAAGAGCAAUCCAUGGUAAGGAUGCUGUGCCUAGUAUGGGAGGAAGUUGGUCUGAUAUACUUAAGAAAGGAAUUAUGCAGAAGGGAGUGGCCAAAAAACUUUCUCAAAUUCGUCCCAAACCUGUACGUGUAAAGACAGCUGUUUCUAAGGCUACCAAGGUUCCCCCUAAGACUCCAAGAACUGUGGCUGCAAGGAAAGCCCCAACUACAGGACAUAUCAACUCUCCAGUGACACUGGUCAUCCACAAAAAGUCAUCAAAAACCCCAAAAGCUCUGCCUAGAAAGGGUCGCAAGAGUGUAGCCAGGAAAGUUGUCAAGAAAAAUGCAGAUGAUAUGAAUACCACAUUGACUGGACUGACAGAUUUAUUUGAAUCCCCAAAAAGAACUCCGAAACCAUCACCUAAAACACCAGCCUCUGUGGGUACCCCUCACUCCCUGUACUCGGACAUCCCUGACACACCCAAUGGUCCAGGAGAGAUGAUAGUGUCUCCCAUCUCAACAGGUGGGAAACGCAAGUCUGCAGCUUCCCCUAGACUUGUAGGUGUUAAGAACCUUUUCAACAUGAAGAAAUCUCCCAAGGCAGCAAGUCCAACUGGUGUAAAAAGAUUGAUGGCAACUCCAAAACAGAAAUCAUUGGCUGCCAGUCCAACAGGCAUUGCAGCCUUAUUUAAGACACCAAAGACGACGCCCAAGGUUACACCAGCUAAGGCCACGCCCAAGGUUACACCAGCUAAGGCCACGCCCAAGGUUACACCAGCUAAGUUGAAAGGGAUUCCAUCGUGUGAAUGUGAUCUAGGAAGAAAAAGGCCAGCCACAGAUGUUGCUUCGCCAGCUGUACCAAGCAAAUUGGUGAAAACCAAUGAAGAUAUGGCAACUCCAAGCCCGGCUAAACCAGUGCCAAGAGCAAAGAGUGUGAAAAAGUCUCCUGCAAAGUCUCCUGUUACUAAAGGAAGAUCAACAAGAGGGAAGAAAGAAAUGGCUAAAAAGACCACAGUUACUAAGAAGAUGGUACCGGAACCUGCUCUAGUAGAUUCCCCCAAGCUUGAGGUACAGAGAAACAGAAAAGGUGCUGCCUCAAAGAAUAAAAAGCCUACUCCUAAAAAGGCUUCACCUGUUAAAAGAGGAAAGCGGGGAGCUGCUAUUGUUAAUAAAACACCAGCUGUAGAAGAGGAAGCUAAGCCAUCGCCUGCCAAGAGGACAACAGUUGCAAGUCCCAAGAAACCUUCCCCAGUGAAGAAGGCUAAAAGAGGCACUGCAGUGGUAAAAUCUGUAACACCUGUUAAAAAAUCACCUGUUAAGAGGAGUAGAAGGGGUGCUGCUGUCGAGAAACCUGUCAAAGCAGCAACUCCAAAGACUAUGACACCUGUGAAGAAGACAAGAAGAGGUGUUCCAGUGAAACAGACCCCUGAAAAUGCAGCAGAGGUCAAAACUGCAACUCCUGUCAAGGCAGCACCAAUCGGUGCAAAGAAAGUGCCAGCCAAUGCUGAAAAAUCUGUCAAGGCAGCAACUCCAAAGAAGGCGACACCUCUGAAGAGGACUAGAAGGGGUGCCCAAGUUAAAAAGACUCCUGUGAAGGAAGCACCAAUCAGUGAAAAGAAAGUGUCAGCCAAAAAGACAACAGUUGUUGAGGACAAGAUGGCUUCACCUGUGGUAAAGAGUAGCAGAAGGGGUGCACCAGUCACAAAGUCACCAGCUAAGAAAACAAAGUCUGCUAAGAAAAAAGAGGCUGAGGUAACAUCUCCUGCUAAAUCUCCAAAAAAGAUACCAGCUAAGAAAGUGGAAAAGGUAGCAAUUCCUGUCCAAUCUCCUAAAAAGGCACCAGUAAAACGAGGCAGACGCGGAGUAGCAGCUGUUGCCACACCUGCCAAAGGAACAAAGAGGAAAGCCACUGAUGAACAGGAGAGCCAAGCAAAAGUACCUAAGGUUGCAAGUCCAGUCAAGACUCCAAAGCCUUCACCCGUCAAGAGAAAUAAAAGAGGGGUUGAGGCAAAAGCUACCACACCAGCCAAAGUCAGUCCAGUGAAAGCAAAGCGUACACGGGGAAAGGUGGUCACACCAGUUAAGGCAGCAACACCAGCAAAGAAAGUUAAUGCAAAGAAAGCAAAGAUUGAAAGUCCGACUAAACCUGCACCUGUUUCAAAACCUAGUAGAGGAAACAAGAGGAAAGCUAUUGAGGAAGACACCAAACCUGUUGAAGUUGUCACCCCUACAAAGGUUUCUCCUGCAAAGAAGGGUAAAAAAGUUGCUGCUAAAACUGUCAAGGUUGCAACUCCAGCCAAGGCUAGUCCAGCCAAAGUGAAACGUGCCACCAGAGGAAAAGCUGCAAGCCCAGCAAAGACCGUCAAGGCAAAUAAAUCACCUGCUAAACCGAAAACAGUACCAACAAAGACAAACAAAAAGGCAACAAAAGCAGCCAGUCCUGCUAAAAAGGCAGCCACUCCAAUUAAGCGUACAAGGAGCAGGAAGUGAAUACCUUAAAAACUUUGCACACAUACCUCUCAAAUGUAUAUAUUUCUAUAGUAUGUAAAUAUCAUAAUGUAAUCUGUAAAUAUAUAUAUAUGUAAUGUUUUUAUGUAAUAAUGCCUCAACAUAGAUUUAUCAUGUUAUUAUUAGAUUUCAAAUGAUCUCGUAGAGAGUCAAAAUGUGUGUUUGACAAAUAAGUAAUAUCUUGUUCAAGAGAAACCUUUGGAACAACAUUUUUGACUUGAACACUCUGAAAUUUUAAACAUUCCUCUUGAAUGUUUCAUAUUGAAGUUUUAAAUCGAGAGGUAUUUUUUUCUGUAUGUAUUAUGCGUCAUUGUUUCCUUUUACCAUUUGACACCUAUUACUGCUAAAACCAUAAAUAAUUUUGAAAAACAAGUAUUUUUGAAUUUUUGUGAAGUUGAGUCCUAAAGACCUUUUCCCUUUUUUCUAAAGUUUUAAUUUGUUCAAUUUCUAUUUACGGUACUUAACAAUUUUACCUCCAUAGCAUUACCUCCCAAAUAUUAUCUACAAAGUAGCAUUGUACAUGUGUACAAAAAUCAAAUUUUUACUUUUGUUGAGCUUAUCACACAUUCUCUAUGUAGUUUGUGUUCUCUUGUAUUUCUCAUUCUAUUUCUGUCUUUCUGUUAAACGCUUGAUUCUUUAACAUUUUUGUCUCAUGUAAUUUGUUUGAAAUUUUUAAUAUAUACUUCUUUGACUUGGGCACAGUCAUUGUACAUAUGCUGUAUUGUCUCAUCACCAUCCUCAUUUUCAUCAAUCAUUUCCUCAUUUUGUACUAUGCUUAUUUGAAAACUUGUAUCACACACCAUUAUUCAGCUGUUUUGGCAGUGACUAUGUCUUCCCAUGAUAUUCAGAUAUUUGCAGCAUAAUUCUGUCGGAAAUGAACACAGAAAAUAUCCUGUGUAAGAAUGUUAGUUCACUGUACAUAGUACUUGUGGAGUAGUUGUAGAUGAACUGAAUCAAUUGUAGUCAUGUGUAUGCAUUGUUCACUCUUUGUGCUUUUUAAAUUAUUUGUUACUUUGUGUAUUACUGGUUGAACUGGUGUUAACUAUAGCAGUUUUCAUUCGGAAAAGUAAUUCAUUAAUACAAAACUGUCAUCCUCAUCAAAUUCAGAAACUUUUAAAAUUUAAGUCUUUCAUUUUAUAUAUUUUAAUGGAGUUUUUCCCAAAUAGAUUUUAGAAGUUGAUUUUAGGGGAAAGUUUGGGGUUAAUACUACAUCUUGCAUGCCAUGGACUUCUAUUGUAAUACUUACAAAAUAUUUUUUAUUGAGCAUAUUACUCUUAAAAGAAAUUUAAAUAUUUUAGAAUCUAGCAACUUUUAGGGUAUGUUUAUAUGUAUAAACUUAUACCCUUGGUGUCAUACUUUUGAAGUUGUCCAUCAUGUUCCAACUUGUCCAGAACAAAGUUCAUUAUUGUUGGUAAUCAUAUUGUUGCCUGGAUUCAAUAUUUCUUUUAUUUGACAUAAAUUAUCAGAAUUUUAUAGAUGUAACAGAAGGUGCAUAACAUUAAAACUCAUCUGAAUCAUU